AUGUGGCGGUGCGUUUCUCGUCGACUUGGCGUUCCUUAUUCCCAGAGAUCCGUCUCCAGUGACUCUCUUAGAUCUCACUUCUCGAGGCUCUUCUCCACUGAAUCCGCUACAGGGCGCUCUUCGUACACUGUGGUGGACCACACUUAUGAUGCAGUGGUUAUCGGGGCUGGUGGUGCAGGGCUGAGAGCCGCCAUAGGACUUUCAGAGCAUGGAUUUAAUACCGCUUGCAUUACGAAGCUUUUCCCAACUCGUUCACAUACUGUUGCAGCCCAGGGUGGCAUAAAUGCUGCAUUAGGGAAUAUGUCAGAGGAUGACUGGAGAUGGCACAUGUAUGACACAGUCAAGGGAAGUGAUUGGCUGGGUGAUCAAGAUGCCAUCCAGUAUAUGUGUAGAGAGGCUCCAAAAGCUGUGAUUGAACUUGAAAAUUAUGGAUUGCCAUUUUCUCGAACUGAAGAUGGAAGAAUAUAUCAGCGUGCAUUUGGAGGCCAAAGCCUUGACUUCGGAAAAGGUGGACAGGCAUACCGCUGUGCUUGUGCUGCUGACAGAACUGGUCAUGCUCUAUUACAUACUCUUUAUGGACAAGCUAUGAAGCAUAAUACACAAUUUUUUGUCGAAUAUUUUGCUUUGGAUCUUAUAAUGAACAGUGAUGGGAGCUGCCAAGGAGUUAUUGCAUUAAAUAUGGAGGACGGGACUUUGCAUCGGUUCCAAGCAGCGUCAACAAUUUUGGCCACAGGGGGUUAUGGUAGAGCAUAUUUCUCUGCAACCUCAGCUCAUACCUGCACUGGAGAUGGUAAUGCCAUGGUCGCACGUGCUGGACUCCCUCUUCAGGAUUUGGAGUUUGUGCAGUUUCACCCUACUGGUAUAUAUGGUGCUGGGUGCCUCAUCACUGAAGGAUCACGAGGGGAAGGUGGUAUCCUUAGGAACAGUGAAGGUGAGCGAUUUAUGGAACGAUAUGCCCCUACAGCGAAAGACCUUGCUUCUAGGGAUGUUGUGUCAAGAUCUAUGACUAUGGAAAUCCGGGAGGGUCGUGGUGUAGGACCUUUGAAGGACCACAUCUAUCUCCACUUGAAUCAUUUGCCCCCAGAUGUACUCAAGGAGAGGCUUCCUGGUAUCUCUGAAACUGCUGCCAUUUUUGCUGGCGUGGAUGUUACAAAAGAGCCUAUUCCUGUCUUACCUACCGUGCACUAUAAUAUGGGUGGAAUUCCGACCAAUUAUCAUGGAGAGGUCGUUACCAAAAAAGGUAAUGAUCCAGAUGUAAUAAUUCCUGGGUUAAUGGCAGCUGGGGAGGCAGCCUGUGCAUCUGUGCAUGGUGCCAAUCGACUUGGUGCAAAUUCACUCCUUGACAUUGUUGUUUUUGGCCGAGCUUGUGCAAAUAGAGUUGCAGAGAUCCAUAAACCAGGGGAGAAACAACAGCCUCUGGAAAAGGAUUCUGGUGAGCAGACCAUUGCAUGGUUGGACAAAAUAAGGAAUUCAAAUGGUUCACUACCAACUUCGCAAAUCCGGUUGAAUAUGCAACGAAUAAUGCAAAAUAAUGCUGCUGUGUUCCGCACACAUGAAACAUUGGAAGAAGGUUCUCAGUUGAUUGACAAGGCAUGGGAGAGUUUUGAUAAUGUUCAAGUGAAGGAUCGGAGUUUGAUAUGGAACUCCGACUUGAUAGAGACUAUAGAGUUGGAAAACCUUUUGAUAAAUGCCUGUAUCACCAUGCAUUCCGCUGAAGCCAGGAAAGAGAGCAGAGGAGCACAUGCUCGUGAAGACUUCACGAAAAGGGAUGAUGAGAAGUGGAUGAAACAUACUCUAGGAUACUGGGAAAAUGAGAAGGUCCGACUAGACUACAGACCAGUUCACUUGAACACAUUAGACGAUGAAAUCGAGUCAUUCCCACCUAAAGCUCGUGUCUACUGA